AUGGAACAAGUAGCAGGGUCACCCCGCCCAAAUUUCCUUCAACGGCUACCUCAAGAACUCCAAGCACAGAUCCUGUCAUGUCUCGCCUCACCAUCGGAUCAGCCAUCAGUUUAUGCUCUGCUUCGCACCUGCAAACAGCUCUAUGGUGUAGCCCUGCCCUUCCUGCUACGCACCUUUCGAAAUAUACCUCCGCAAAGCACCGGCUUCUGCUCUGAGCGCCGCAAUGCACAGUUUCUACGUUGUGUUCUGGCUAUGAAGCCUGAACUAGCAAGGCUUGUUCAUGUUCUGAUCCUUGGCUCGUUCUCCACAGAUCCCAACAUGGGCUACGAUGCCCCAGCUAUGGAUGAGGAUAUGGAUGGGAGAGAAAGACAAGAAAGCCCAAUAUUCGAUGAGUACAGCCCGGAAGAGCUUGACACUGCCGAUGAAUGGAUUAGGGACUUGGAAAUGGGUUGCAGCGAUGCUCAGCUUGCGCUCAUUCUUACUUCUUGUCCAAAUAUCCACAGCCUCUACUUUGAGACCUCCCACGACCAGCGUCACUUUAUUCGUGUUAUACAACUUGCAAAGAAGCCGAUUACCGCCCUCGGGGCUAGCCUACAGCCUCCCCUGUCUCGACUUCGUCACAUCUACUUUGAGGCCCACGAGUCUUUAGAUGGUUACCAUGAGGAAACCAACACCGACCAUAGCCCUGACACCUUCCUCAAGCUGCCUGGGCUCCUGUCCUUUGAGGGCGUCAAUAUCAGGGGGGGCAACGACGUAGGAUGGUGGUUUCAACAACUCCCGGCCAGGUCCUUACCUCUGCAAGACAUUGCUCUUCGCCGAUCCUACAUCUCUCCACCCAUGCUCCAAAGCAUGCUAGGCGCCUGCAAGGCGGUCAAGCGACUUGAAAUCACACGCGGGUUCUAUGAUGGAAGCCCGGUGGAGGAGCUGCUGCCGCAGCAUAUACUCAGGGCUAUCCUACCACAUGCAGAUUCCCUCGAGAUCCUUCACCUCAACAUGGCGGAGGAAUGGCCCUGGCUAGGUCUUCCCAGUGAACAUGAGUUGUUCUACAUGGGUACUCAGCUUCAUCAAAUGAUAGCUCUCAAGAGACUCAUAACGGGGAUGCGUUCUCUUACUGGUUUAUUCAAUGGAUAUACUCCCGAUAAUAACGACGAUGACAGUGACGCCGCAUCACUGCAACUGGAUGGAGCUCCAAGGCUAAUAGACUGCCUCCCAGAUAAUCUGGAGUAUCUCGAGAUCCAUCGAUCUAACGAGUUAAUUCUAGAUCAGAUCCAGCAACUCAUCCUAGCCAUUCAGGAAGGGAAUCGCUUUAAAAAGCUAAAGCAUGUUAAGCUGCUUUUUAGCGAUAGAGAUCCCGACAAGAUGCAGCUCAAUUACGACCCUUCGAUUGUGCAUAUCGAACUUAUAUCCCAGUCCCUUGAAAAUCGCAUUUACGAUCUCAUUCCAGCAUUCAAAAAAGGCAAUCACCGAGUAGAAGCCAUCUGCUCCCCAAUACACAGCCCAGAUCUUCGGACACAGUGGCUUGACAUCCGGGGCAGCAAUACGGGGUUUGCAUCGACCGACUUUGAGCUUUACGAAGCACCGGGAAUCAGGCUAUCUCAGGAGAAGCCACAUCGGCCAAGGCCAGCCGACUAUCUGCCAAGUAUCUUGGCGACGCAAACCGACGAGUACUGGCGUGAGGUGGAUCCCGAGGUCGCCGUUCUGAGAGAGGCAUAUGCAGCCUUUGUGAACAACCAAAACCAGCCAUAG